AUGUUGUUGUUGUUUUCCACAAGCAAUUUACCCACCCUGCUGCGUACAUUUCUCCAGAAACGAGAACUACCUGUCUCAUUUUUAAUUUUCUCCCUCAUCCUGUCCCAAUCAAUCCCCCCCCCGCCACUCGUAGCAUCGCAUCCAGUAAGAAAGAAGAAAGACUCUUUUUUUAAAAUAACUUUUUUUUUUCUUCAAAAAUUUUUCGAUGUUUCUUCAGUUUUAAGAAGCAUAUAUAAGCAAGAUAAUUUUUUAUGGAAUUUUGUGAUAACUGUCAGUUUAGUCAAUUUUGGAUUUGAAUUUGUAUUUGAAUUUGGAUUUGGAUUUGGUUUGGGAAGACUCUUCUAUUCUUUUUACUGUUUCUUUUUCUUUCAUGUCUUCUUUUCCCCUUCUUGUUACGGUCUUUUUUUCACUCUCGCUUUCGUUUACACGUUUUUCUCUCUUCUCUUCUCUUCUCUUCUUAUCUCUUCUUAUCUUAUCUCCUUUUUUUGCUUAAUAAGUUUUUUUCCAACUUUUGUUCUUACCCUCUCUUAUCUUUCAUCAUCAUCAUCUUCUUCUUCUUCUUUUUUGGUUCUGCUCUUUUUCUCUUGCUCUUUUGUUUUCUUUCUUUCUAUUUCUUCUUUU